CUGCCUCUCUCUCUCUCUCUCUCUCUAUAUAUAUAUAUAUCUGUAUCUAUCCAUCGAUCUGUGCAGGAUGGUGAUGAUGGAUAUGAUCAAUUCUGUGCUGAAUUGGGUUGUACCGCCUGCAAGUCUGGUGACGCUGGCCUUAUCAUGGCCAGCGCUUACUUUCAUCAAUACCUGUGAGUGGCUUUAUUAUUCUAUAUAUACUGAAGAUAUGGAUCACAAAGUCGUCGUCGUCACCGGCGCUUCUUCUGGAAUCGGCGAGCAAAUUGCGUAUGAAUACGCGAAGAAGAGAGCAAAUCUUGUAUUAGUAGCACGUAGAGAGCACAGACUGCACGGGAUCAGCGAAAACGCUAAACGACUGGGUGCACCGAACGUCUUGGUAAUGGCUGCUGAUGUCGUCAAAGAAGAGGAUUGUAGGAGAUUCAUCAACGAGACGAUAGGUUUUUUUGGGCGAGUCGAUCAUCUAGUAAACACGGCAAGCUUGGGGCAUACGUUCUACUUCGAGGAAGCAAAUGAUGCGUCGGUGUUCCCGAUUUUGAUGGAUAUCAAUUUUUGGGGGAACGUCUAUCCUACGUACGUCGCUCUUCCUUACCUCCGACAGAGUCAUGGCCGGAUUGUAGUUAAUGUUGCAGUCGAGAACUGGUUACCUCUCCCUAGGAUGAGCAUAUAUUCCGCUGCGAAAGCUGCUCUAGUGAACUUCUAUGAGACGUUGAGGUUAGAACUGAAUGGUGACGUUGGAAUCACGAUUGCUACACACGGUUGGAUCGGUGCCGAGAUGGCCCGAGGGAAAUUCAUGCUAGAAGAAGGUGCAGAUAUGCAGUGGAAGGAAGAACGAGAAGUACAAGCUUCGGGUGGUCCCGUGGAAGAGUUUGCGAAGUUGAUCGUGUCUGCGGCCGUGCAAGGCAAUGCGCAUGUGAAAUUCCCGAGUUGGUACGACGUGUUCCUUUUGUACAGGGUGUUUGCACCAGACGUAUUGACGUGGACGUUCCGCUUGCUUUUGUCACACCAAGGUAUGAGGACGACUUCUUAUAUUGGCACGGGAAGAUCGGUUUUAGAAACUCCAUCCCCACCAAGACGACUUCUCACCGGAGGCACUCAUACGGUCCCACACACCUCUUCUCGACACACUACCCCUCGAAUUCAGCUAUUGAACGAAUAGGGGAUGUUUCUGUUUACACCUACAUGUUCAUUUUGUGUAUGUUAAUGAUGUUUUUAAGGAUGGUUUGAAUAAGGUAUUUCUACGGAUUUUAGAAUA